GCAGGUGAUGUGCCAGGACUUCCAUUUAUUCACAGAGGACUGCCUGUUUCCGUCAGUAGAACUCAUGGGACAGUCUGGAUUGGUUUCUAUGCAGAUUAUUUAAAAAGAGAGAGAGAAAAAAAAAUAAAACUUUAUUUAGCCAGAGAUGUCAGGGGGCUCCACGGUUGGUUCCUUUGCCGUGGCAGAUUAUGUGGUUUUUGCUCUCAUGCUGCUGGUUUCUGCUGCAGUCGGGGUCUACUACGCCUGGACCGACAGGAGCCAGAGGAGCUCCGGGGACUUCCUGACGGGGGGCCGCAGGCUGACCGCCCUGCCCGUCUCCAUGUCCCUGACUGCCAGCUUCAUGUCCGCCAUCACGGUGCUGGCAAACCCAGCUGAGGUUUACCGCUAUGGAGCCAGCAUUGGCUACUAUGCCGUCUCUUAUGUAUUUACAAUGCUGGUAACCUCUGAGGUCUUUCUCCCGGUCUUCUACAAGCUGAGCAUCACAAGCACAUAUGAGUACCUGGAGCUGCGUUUCAACAGAGCGACCCGUCUGCUGGGAACCAUGCUCUUCAUUGUUCAGACGAUCCUUUAUACUGGGAUUGUCAUCUACGCUCCGGCUCUCGCUUUAAACCAAGUGACUGGCAUGGAUCUGUGGGGCGCUGUAAUUUCAACUGGAGUGGUCUGUACUUUCUACUGUACGAUGGGGGGUCUAAAGGCAGUGGUGUGGACUGAUGUAAUCCAGCUUGGUGUCAUGCUCGCAGGCUUCCUCGCCGUCAUCAUCCGGUCUGUGGUCUUGCAAGGUGGCGUCAUCACCAUCAUCUCAGACUCACAACACGGAGGAAGACUAAAUCUUACAGACUUUGAUGCAAACCCACUAAGGAGACACACAUUUUGGACUCUGUCCAUCGGUGGGACGUUUAUCUGGCUCAGCGUCUAUGGGAUCAACCAGGCCCAGGUUCAAAGAUACGUCUCCUGCAAGAACAUGACCCAUGCCAGACUCUCCCUGUACAUCAACCUGUUGGGUCUCUGGUCCGUUUUGCUGAGCUCAGUGUUUGCGGGAAUGUGUCUUUUCUCAGUUUAUAAAAGUUGUGACCCCUGGACCACGGGACUCAUUUCUGCUCCUGAUCAGCUGAUGCCAUAUUUGGUGAUGGACAUCUUAGGAGACUAUCCCGGCCUUCCCGGACUCUUUGUUGCAGCAGCUUUUAGUGGAUCUCUGAGCACAGUGUCUUCCAGCAUCAAUGCACUAGCUGCAGUGACAGUGGAGGACAUCAUUAGACCCUACAGCAACUUUUCAGAAAAACACCUGUCCUGGAUCUCAAAAGGAAUGAGUCUCUUCUAUGGGGUUUUAUGCAUUGGGAUGGCCGGACUGGCUUCUCUUAUGGGAGGAAUCUUGCAGGCAACCAUCAGUAUUUUUGGGAUCAUUGGAGGUCCUUUACUUGGCUUGUUCACGCUGGGAAUCCUGUGUCCACUGGCCAACUCUAAAGGAGCUUUGUCAGGCCUUGUGUCAGGUCUGGCGUUGUCUCUGUGGGUGGGCAUUGGCGCUCAGAUCUACCCUCCGCCUCCUGACAUGAGCCGGCCUCUGCCGCUGUCCACCGACGGCUGUAACUUCACCAUGACGACCCACGGCUUGAAUUGGACCUCCGGCGCUCUGCCAGUCCAGAACUCCACUGCAGUGGCUCCAGUCCCCGACGACGGCAAGCCCAUGCUGGCUGACCUGUACUCUCUGUCCUACCUUUACUUCAGUCCGCUGGGAACCAUAGUAGCUAUCUGCGUAGGACUGAUAGUCAGCAUCUUGACGGGAGGCUGCAAGCUCAAAGUGGAGUCAAGGCUGAUGUUAAGGAAGGAAGACACAAGCUUUUAUUAUUUAAUCAAGAUGCUUAAAGGCAGAAUCAAGAGUCGAAGUGGACAUCUGGACCUGAAGAAGAACAGAGACAUGACAUUUGGCAACGCUAAUCCUGCUUUUAGUGAUUUUGAGCUGGACCUGGCAAAGACCAACAUUUCUUGAUCAAACAGAGUGCUGAAACCUUUUGGUGUGGUCUUGUACAAAGGAAUGGCAAUAAAGAAGAUGAACAAUGCUGUGAGUGGGUAAU